AAAACCUCCCUGCUGUAAGCGGGGAGCGGCCCGACGGGAGGAGGGACAAACGGUGACCCUGCUGCAGCUUUUGUGCCCCAGGACCCUGAAUCCCUUGUUCUCCCAGCCCUCCCUGGGGAGGGCGUGGAGGGAAGCCAAACCACAGUUGCACAAGCGGGUUGUGCAAGAGGCAGCGAUGCCAGGGCCCGGCUGGCCGGGUAUAUAGCGGGCUGGAGCGCGGAGAAGGGCAGAGGAGCGCAAGAGGCUCCCAGCCCGCCAUGGAUCUCCUGGGAGCCGUCACCCUGUUCCUGGCCAUCGGCCUGUCUUGCCUCGUGCUCCUCUCCACCUGGCGGCAAAUGCAGGGCCGGGGGCAAAUGCCCCCGGGGCCCACCCCGCUGCCCCUCCUCGGGAACCUGCUGCAGGUCGAGCUCUGCGACAUGCGCAAGUCGCUGAUGAAGAUCAGCGAGCGCUACGGCCCCGUCUACACCCUCCACCUGGGCCCCCGGCGGGUGGUGGUGCUGUGCGGUUACCGGGCGGUGACGGAGGCCCUGGUGGACCAGGCCGAGGACUUCGGCGGGCGCGGGAAACAAGCCACCUUCGACUGGCUCUUCCAUGGCUAUGGAGUGGCCUUCAGCAACGGGGAGCGGGCGAAGCAGCUGCGCCGGUUCUCCAUCACCACGCUGAGGAACUUCGGGGUGGGGAAGCGAAGCAUCGAGGAGCGGAUCCUGGAGGAGGCUCAUUUCCUGUUGGAAGCCUUGCGGGGCACGAAAGGUUUGCCCUUUGACCCCACCUACUUCCUGAGCCGCACGGUGUCCAACAUCAUCAGCUCCGUGGUCUUCGGGGACCGGUUCGACUACGAGGACAAGGAGUUCAUUUCCCUGCUCCACAUGAUCAAUGAGAGCUUCCGCUUCACCGCCACGGCCUGGGGGCAGCUCUACGAGAUGUUCUCGGACACCAUGCGCUACCUGCCCGGCCCCCAGCGUGCAGCGUUCAAGCACCUGGCGGGGCUGGAGAAGUUCAUCGAGAGGAAGGUGAAGGCGAACCAGGAGACCCUGGACCCCAACGCCCCUCGGGAUUUCAUCGACUGCUUCCUGGUCAAAAUGCAGCAGGAAAAGGAAAAUCCUUCCUCGGAGUUUUUCCUGAAGAACAUUGUUCUGACGGCGCUCUCCGUCUUCUUCGCCGGGACGGAGACCGUCAGCACCACCCUGCGCUACGGCUUCCUGCUCCUGCUGAAAUACCCGGAGAUCGAAGAAAAGAUCCACGAGGAGAUCGACCGGGUGAUCGGGCGGAACCGCGCCCCGAGCAUGGAGGACCGGAGCCGGAUGCCCUACACCAACGCCGUCAUCCACGAGUUCCAGAGGUUCUGUGACGUCAUCCCCAUGGGCCUGGCGCGCCGGGUGACCAGGGACACCCAGUUCCGGGGAUACACUAUUCCCAAGGGGACGGAGGUGUACCCGAUGCUGGGAUCCGUGCUGUAUGACCCCACGCAGUUCAGCAGCCCCGACACCUUCGACCCCAGCCAUUUCUUGGAUGGGAACGGCCAGUUUAAGAAGAGCAACGCCUUCGUGCCCUUCUCAAUAGGUAUGAAUCCCCCGCAGAACUCGGUUCUGAGUGUCCCAAGCAGCGAGAUCUGGGCCUGGCGUAGCCGCCCGCUGCUAGACCUCACCCUGCGUACAGAGAAUUGUGGGGCCAGAUCCUCAUCCGGUGUAAAUCAGUGUCACUCCAUUGGGGUCAAGGGGGCUGUUCACACACACUCUGGGGUAGGUGUGCGCUGAAGCCCCGUGGGGAAUCGGGGCCUUGUGAGCUCUUUGGGGCAGGGACCGUCUCUCCCCGUGGGUCUGUCCAGCGCCUAGCACAAAGGUACCCUGACCUCGGGUGAGGCCGACGGACACAUCUGGGGUAAUUAUCAGCUGUGUGCCACAGAACUGGUCACUCAAGAGAACACAAAUGUCCCAUAGACACAAGUUGCUCGGCUCACUGCGGAACUGGGUGAAACUGAAUGGUGUGCAGGGGGCAGAGGUCAGACUCGAUGAUCCCAAUGGGCCCUUCUGGCCAGAGAGUCUGGUCCUGAGCGUGUUAUUUCUCUGUCCUGGGUCCUCGCCGUCCAUCCCAGCUCAGUAUCGUUAAACCGAGCCGAGGGGGUAAUUCUUCACUGGCCCCUUUAUCGGCGAGACGCAACCACGUCGCAAAUUCACAUCGAUGUCGCCAAAUUGUUUGUGUCAGGAAAAAAACAAGCCAAAAUUCUGAAAAAGUCAAAACGUUGCAACCU